CUCAUAGGGAACAGUACAACUAGAAGUCGAAGUAUUUGAUACAGCUACCUACUACAUUCUAAGCUUGAAUCUGCCUCGAGAUUUUCUUUGGGGAUGGUGCAACCUGAAAUAGAAUUGUAGGAAAAAACUAUUGCAAAUUUUUACACUAGCGACGAAUUUGUUCACUUUUUAUUCGAUAUCCUUGAGCUUUUCUUCGAGAAAGCGUCCGUGCGACUAGCUUUCUCGGUUAUUCUACAAAAUGUUGUUUACAUUCACUUUUUUUUACCCUUCUUGCAUACAUACUGAACUUCCUUGACAACUCCGGUUUGAUGUCGUGCCACUAAAUAUUGAUGUUGUCUAUCUGGACGUCGUGGUCUAGUACCGCAAAUAAAGACAAAUAGAAAUAGCACCAUUCCCCAUUGAUGACUUCCACGAGUAUCGCCUCGCCGUAGCCCCCCCUCCGCACUAAAUCUAGCGCGGCGAAGCGUGCCAAGCGGAGAUCUUUCUGCACUACUCACACGACCACUACCCCACGCGGACUUGCUGCUCCACGACUAAGUGCUCAACAAGAAAAAUCUUUCGUUUUAAAGUCCGCUUCUUCUUCUGAAGACACACAAUCUCCACUGGUCCUCCUGCACUAUCGUUUCUUGCUACUCCGUGAUCAUGUUCAGCCCACACGACUUGUUUCUCAUGUGGCAGAAAAAUAUGCAGGAACUUCUACUAGGAAGUACAAGCACGCACAACGACCUCCACGACAACCAAAACAAGAUCGCGGACAUGAUAGCAGGUCUUGACCCAGUGACUCUGAUGGGCUACGCCGCGGUGCUGGUGUGGUUGUUUUUCCUGCCCUACGUGCUGGCCGAACUUGCAAAGUCGUGUAACAAUUAUAGUACCGGAGCUGGUUCUACUUCUUUCAACGGUAGUUCUUACACGGCCGCUGAUAACGAUCGUGUGCAAGCAGGCGGCGUGAUGAACCACCCUCCAGCUGCAACAGUCGGGGGUGGUCGUGCUGGUGAAGACCAAAUAAUCGAUGCUCAUGAUUUCAUGUCUGAGUGGCGGAGUAGCGGUCCUGCUGGAACAAGAGCCGUCGUUCACGGGUUUUUUACCUCACUUGCUGGCGCGCGAUCUUCCACCUCCGGCGGUGGUACUACACGAGGGACAGCCGCUGGCAGUUCUUCCGCAGAACAAGCUGCUCCUCACCGAACAACCGAGGUCGUCGUGACCGCAGCGGAAAUCGAUCAACGUCUCGAAGAGUUGCUGAACAAGCGGACGUCUUUACAGGAAGCCAGAAGAACAACUGCUGGCGGAAUUACUUCUACAACGACAGGAUCUACAACUUCUGUAAUAACCACGUGCGGCGCAACAUCGGGGAGAAAUGCGACUGCAACUUCUAGCGCAGAUGAAGCUGCGGUGACAACUCUAGUACCAGAAGGUAUUGAAAAUUAUGAUGACCACGAGUUAAAUGACUCAGCGGCCCCCACAAGAAGUUGUACUGUGCCCUCGACUAGUACGACAACAUCAAGCAGACCGACUACGACUUUAGCUCACACUAGUGCAAACAACGUCGUCGCUUUUCAAGAACCUUCUCGCCACUUAGCUGCAACAGCAAGCGGAGGAGAACUACCCUCCAGCUCGUCCACUACAGUGGCGACUAGUACCUUCACAGCGGUUACGAAUGCCACCGUGAACAGUGUCAGCUCCAGCACGGCUCACACAGAAAAUAAUAGUACAAUGGGGGCGACGUCGACGACGGCCGCGAAUCCACAUGUGGUGGUACCGGCAUUGAUCUCCACCGGCGGUGCUGUGUCUGCUUCUCCCGCCGCUCAGGAUCCGAAUCUUGCUCCUGGAGCUUCAAAUUCAACUGCUACAGCCGCCAUGCCCAUGACCACCACUUCAACUGCUCCAGCGGAGGCGGAAGGAGUUCCUCCUGCGAUCGCCCCACAUUCCGCGGCUCAACAUGAUGAGCUCCAGGGCUCGUCUACUACUACUACGUCCCCGGAGGAACAGCCAUCAUCUCCUGCCGCUGCACCGCCAGUUGAAUUACAUCAAGAGCGACAGGGACAGCUGCAGCACGAGGACCUGAAUAGUAGUACCACUACCACUGGAAAUAUUGAUGAGCAUAAUAAUUCAUCGCUACAGGGGGCGGGCCUGCCACUGCAGCGUGGAGAAGAGCGCCAAGAAGAUCUUCAACCACCGACGGCCACCACGACUACUUCCGGAGGAGUGGCUGUGGUUCCGCCCAAUGGCAUUGCAACUUCCUCUACGAAGUGCAAAAAUGUCUAGGUCUGGAAAGAUAAGACGCAGCGAAUUUCUUGUGAAGAUCCUCAGGCUUGCAUGACACAGCAUUAAUAUGCAUCAUAAAUCCUCGCUGUCUUUCCAAUUUCGCGUCACAAAUCCAGACGCCGACAUGUUUGCAAUGCAUAUCUUCCAACCACUCCGGGAGCAUCACCAGCUCACGGCGAUCCACGCUCUCCGCCUGCAGCACCCUGAGCGCCCAGCAAGCCCAGCACCAGAAGAAUUUGAGUUUCAAUCGCAAAAAGCAAGUGGAGCGGCUAGAGGAGCUGUCGGAGCAAUUCGAGGCGAAGAUGUGUAAUCGGGAGCUGGAGCGGAACUUUUACCACGAUGCCUGUGAAGACGAGGAGGACCAGAAAGCGCUGCCAAGGGGACCACAACUGUGCGGCGGCGGCGCCGGGGGAAGCAGAAGCAGUAGGGCGAACAGGAACUACAUCAUGAACCCCGGGAGUGCUGGUAGUAGUCCUUUUUUUAACGCGGCCGCUGGUUACAAUAGCAAUAGUCUUAGUUCUACUGCUUUCGGAGCCUCGAUCUCAGACGUGGUUGACGUCGACGGGUCUUAUCCACCACUGACGUUGGCGGCCGCUAGCACCUACCAGUACAGCACCCGGCGUCGCAGCUUUCGGCAAAGUAGUUCGUCUGCGAUGGCAGCUGUAGCCUCCGAUGAACAAAAUGGUGGGCGGAGAUCUGGUGAAGACCGUGCACAGCCCUUAUCUUAUCCACAGCGAAAUUCAUACUUUUCCCGUGCACGACGUACAAGUUCUGCAGUUGAGUUUCUGCAUGAAGUAACAACUUUGUAAUUCCACAAGCUUAUUCAACUCGGCAAGUUGUACUAGCCUGCUGUAUGGCAAAGAACAAUUUCUUGUGAUGUUGCAUUUUGUGGGUGCAUCUAGCAAUGGCUACGGUGUCGGUGUCGGUGAAUUUUUGUUGCAUACUAUUGCCCAGCAAGAUGAGAACAGCUCCUCCUCCUCCUCUUCCUGUCGGCAUAAUGGCCGAAAUAAAAGCUCGUCUUCCACCAGAAACCGGCGGCGACGGGGAAGUACUAGUAACAGCUUCGGCGAAGCAGGAGCUGUAGAUAUAACAGGCUCAGAUGUCGAAUUCAAACAUUUUUGAAAAAAAUUUUUUAGCUAGCGAAAGCGCCUUCAAAAACUACCUAGUUUUUUAAAUGAUGUGAUUUUAAACUAGCUAACUUAGACUCCGGUAGGUCCUUUGCGGAUGCGCACGCAUCCGCAAAGAACCUACCGGAACCUGAACUAACUAGCUUAGAAUGCAUAAGUAGCUAUUUAAAGUUUAAGUAUUUAGGCGCUUUAGCAAGCUAAAAAAUUUUUUUCAAAAUCCUUUGAAUUCGACAUCUGAGCCUGUUAUAGUAGAGACCACGAACAUAAUAACGACAGACGACGAAGUUGUAACCCUAACCUCGAACGGGGCACUCGUCCGGGCAUUUAAUGGUAAAAACAAUCGAGGUAAAAAUAUACCUAAGAACGGCAAGCGGGGGAAUAAACGAUCUGCAGGCCGGAAAAAGAAGAGCGGCAGCAAAAAUACUACCCUCUUCUCCGCGAAAAAUUACUACACGCGGUCGGACCUGAGCCACUACUUGGGGGAGCACACAGAUAACGGCUUUAGGGACCCGAUGCUGGACUACAACCAUGCAUACAAAACCACCGGCAGUGCGCUCGUUGCAUCUACUUCCAUCGGCGCGGUGGUUUCUGGAGCAGGAGGUGCCACGUCCACAUCCGCAGCUUCUUCCGGAGGUUACGACAUCGAAAUGAAGAACGACACCGCGACUUCUCCAACUUCGGAAGUAGAUACUAGUACCACGGGUGAAGAAGAUGAUGACAGUGAAGAUAAUUUUUGCGACGAGAUUCACGAUGACCAGCAGGCGCAAGAAAACAACAAAGCGGCGGUCGGCAAGUGCGUGAUUUGCAUGGAUAGUAUUGCGACGGAGCUAUUCACCAACUGCCGUCACCUCGCACUCUGCAGCGAGUGCGCACUCGAUCUCGACAUUCACGAUUUGCGCAAGGCAAAACAGCCCGGGAAGUCCUUGCAGCCCACGAAGUGCCCGGUUUGCCGCACCACGGGACCCAGGGUCCAGGUGUUUCAUUGUUGAUCUUACUGGGAUGUAAGAAUUCAAAAUUGAUGUCCACCCCCAGCCAUAGUACAAAACGAGAUGAACCACGUGAGCAGGAGGACCAUUGCCACGUUGUCACUUUCGUUUAUUUCGCGAUGACCGCACAGUCUAAAAAUCUUGUAUUUCACGAUAACCUUGCGUACUAUCUGUAACUGUGUCGCUUUCACCUUGUGCAGCAGCAGAAACUACAGCUGCCGCUUCACCAGUCCUGCGACAGAAGAAGAUUUUUUUGUCGCGGUCUUUUUUUGUAGCAGCAGCUACUUGCCGAGCAACUUUUUAUCUCAGGGUUGGCUAGAUUUUGAUAUCAGAUUCGUUCUUGGGAAAUACAAAUAUUCUUGAGUUUGUUUCAUUCCACUACAUCAUUGUAAUGCCAAAAUGUACUUACAACCCUCCACGUCCUACUUUUAUACUAGGGUAAGUGCAUACUUGAAAAAUGUACAUAGAAAGAUGAACUGACUUCCGUACAAAAAAGCGCUCUGGCAUUCCUAAUGUCGUCUAUUCUGAGAACAGAGCGCAAAAGAAAAUGGAAUACGCAUGCAGGAGUUCGCAGGUAUCGAAAGGCUCGAGAAGUAAUGGAUGACUUCUUGAGCUUUCGUGUCUGCGAGACCAGUUCUUGUUCACUAGUAGCAAAUUGGUUUCUGUGUUGCGAUAGAAUGAUUUCAUGCUCCUGUAGUUUGGGAGAGUAGAACUUUUUGGACUAGCAUUGAUAAUGAAGUAGGAGAAGUAGCAACAUCAAGCGUUAGCCAGUCGCUGCACUCGCAGUCUUCACGAAGAGGAGCCAUUAGUUGCAUGGUUGCAGUCUACUGGUUUCUUUCGUUUUGGCUUGCAAGCACUGUAUGAAUUUCAAUUUCUUCUUUGAUUUUUCUUGCAAUACCGAGGAGAAAAAUGUACCUGAUUUUUUUUUCUCUGUUACCGUUGCCAAAACUCCCACAAUCUGUCGCUGCCGGAAGAACACAAAAAAGCCAAAAUUUUUCGGUACUUCCAGGCGGCCUAUCAGAUCCUAUUGGCAAAUUUCUGCCGCGUGCUGGGUGUAAGUGCUUUGGGGUAUUUGGUUUUGGUAGCAAGACUACAACUUGAUAUGAUUUUUUUCGUGCACAACAUCAUUUUUCAAAACGUUUUUUAACACCUGUACAAAUUGGAACGACUUUUUUUUUCACGUGCAAAGAAAAUGUGAAAUAAACACAAGUUUUGAUUUUUUUGUCGCCAGUCCAAAGAAGCUCGUUACAUUUGAAGAUUUUUUUGUCACCAGUCCCUGCAGAGCCGGCGCCUGCAAAGUACUAAAAUAAACUCACGGAUGAACAACAAUAAGUGUAGCUAAUCCAUAAGAACAACCACCUCCUGCAAAAAUGCUACAUCGCAGAACCAGAAGCUCACAACAACUUCCGACGACCUUGGGGCAUUAUUGGCUUUCAUGUCCACAAGGUCGGGAGAAGGAAGUGGGGCGAUUGAUAGCUUUUUUGGACCAUGAGGCCGCUGCGGCCCCCAGAAGAUUACGGCCUACCUCUAGCGACGUCAAGAACUGAUGUAUCCGAGAAGUUUUACAGUAUCAGCUCCUGCUGAUAUUACACUGCCACUACUGACCUAGUAUCACAGCUUGAAUGUGAUGAAACAGUCAUGAGUAAAAGCUUUAUAGUACCAUUGUGUACGCGUACGCCGUCGAGAUUGAGACUGACAGAGGCAGCGAAAGAUGAAGGGAGCAAGGGCCGCCCGCAUCAGAGCAACAAAAUCACCGUGGUCUCGUAUUUUUAGUGCGUGCAGGACCUGUCAGUGUGAGUGGUUGAAAAUUGGAGGAAUGCUUUUUAUUUUUAUGUCGGGAGAAUCCGACCCGCAAAUCGUUCGC